AUGCCUCCCAUCAGCUUGGCAGCGGCCAUCACCGGGCUUGUCACCCUCGCGAAUGCAUCUUCAGUGCUACUUCGUGGCGGUACGAUUGUUGGCUUUGACGAGUCCAGCAACUCCCUGAACGUCGUUCGCAACGGCUCCCUUCUCAUCACCGACGACCGUAUCACUUCCAUCUAUACAUCAGAUCAGCCCUUGCCGCAGACAUCCAACGAUACGGAAGUCAUCGAUGUCGCGAACAAGAUCAUCACACCGGGCUUCGUUGACACCCACCGUCAUGGCUGGCAAACAGCUUUCAGGACCAUCGCAUCGAAUACUUCACUGGCGGAGUACUUCACACGUUACGGCGAAUAUGCUGCCGCUGGCCUUCUGAGCGCAGAUGACGUUUACAUUGGUCAGCUUGCGGGUCUCUACGAGGCCCUAAACGCUGGUGUCACGACGACGCUUGACCACGCACACCAUACUUGGUCUGAUGAGACUUCAGAGGCGGGGCUGAAAGGUAGCAUCGACAGCGGCGCGAGAGUCUUCUGGUCGUACGCCUUUCACAACGUCACUAAUUACACGGUUUCGGAACAGCUGCAAAACUUCAGGGAUAUCGCGACCAAGGCCGAGUUCGACGGUACCCCUACCAGUUUGGGGGUCGCCUGCGACUUCUUCGGGACUGACGGUGUUCUCGCGGAUGUUACUGCGGUGAUUGACCUUGCAAAGGAGUUCAACGUCUCGGUGAUUACAACUCACAGCCUGCAGGGCCCAUGGGGAAACACCAACAGUCCGGAGGAUGUCCAUGCUAUCGGGGCACUGAAUACCAGCAUCCCAGUGGUCUUUUCGCAUGCUUCGUUCCUCACCUACAAGGGCGCAUCACUCCUCCGCUCCACCAACCAGUACAUCUCCAUCACGCCAGAGUCGGAGAUGCACUACGGUCACACACAUCCCCACAGCCAUCUAAUCCAAGAUCAAGGCUCCCUUGGUGUCGACACUCACUUCACCUUCUCAACAGACAUCCUUACCCAAGCCCGCCUCUGGCUCCAGAGCACCCGCCGCCUACUCUACCAACAAGUCCUCGCAAAUUGGCGCGUGCCCACUAGCACGCCAAUGACUGUGAACCAGGCCUUCCUCCUCGCCACGAGAAACGGUGGACUUGCUCUUCGCCGCUCGGACCUAGGCGUCAUAACCGAAGGUGCCAAAGCCGACGUAGUCGUCUGGGAUGGGGAAAGUCCCGCCCUCCUUGGCUGGGUUGACCCUGUCGCUGCUGUAAUUCUACACGCUAGUGUGGGCGAUAUCGAGCACGUCCUGGUGGACGGCAAGUUUGUCAAGAAAAACCACAAGCUGGUGGCACCUGAUUACGCAGACAUCAAGACUCGAUUCCUGGAGAGCGCAAGGAAGAUCCAGCAGACCUGGAGGGACAUUCCCUUCUCAGCUCUCGAGGGAGAAUUCAGCAGCUCUGAAGCUCCUUAUGAAGCGCCUCUUUCUGUCGAUGUCUUGCCUGGAGGUGAGAGUGGAUACGGUACCACGUUUGUUUGA